UACGCGAGUUCGAACCAAGGCAACUGAUCUGUCGCCGCUCCGUUCAUACGUUAUCGUGAAUGCGUUGAGUGUAGUCGCGCGUAGUCGGCGGGUUUCGGCUCUCACAAAACUGUUUUCCUUCCCAUUGAAGUGAAAAUAAUUCGGUGGAAAUUUAUGCGUGGAUGGAUGGCAGUACGGUGCUUUUGAGGUGAAAUUGAUUGAAUUUCUUAUUGUAGACUUUAAUGUCGCGAAUGUUCAGAAUGAUUUGAACUGAAUGUGAACAAGGAAGUGGGGGAAGCCUUGAACUUGAGAGUGAUAGGAUUCGAAUGUAUUGAAUUAUUAAGUGUAAACAUAAGAACCGGGGAAGCAUCCUGCAGACAGACAUCUGUCGUUCAGUGGUUGUUGAAUUUUUCGGAGAAAGUGUAUCGACUAAGAACUGGUAAACUAAAGUAAGGUUAUGUUGCAUAGUGUUUCUGUUUUAUUCGAUUCUGACAUUAACGAAUAUUGCUGAGUGAUUUGGAUAACGGUGUUCAUCGGUUUUGACAAACAGCAUUGGCCAGCAUCGAUUUUCGCUGUGUGAAUGCUCUGGGUUCUCUGCGCAACUGAAGAUAGUGUAGUGUGUAUAGCUUUGUUCCCCGUGUAGCAAAAGGACAUCGUCAUUCGCAAGACAUUCGGAAACUGAAGAGAAUCUGCAGUUUUAGUCCAGGUCCAAUUGACUGAUAGUCAUAACAGAUAUCGCGAGUCGUGAACAUUAAUGCGUACGUGGGAUUUCUAUGAAUGAAUGGGCUUUGACUCUAUCACCGCUCAAACGCCUGCAUCUUGCUCUAGAAAUGGUGUUCGUGAAAGCUGCAGGAAGAAAUUGCGGUGGCUGCCGAUGCUGGUAGCGAGAAGCCAUGAUCCGGAUCUCGGCCGUCGUUUCGUGUCUCGGGUGUUCGCAUAAGUAGUGUGAGAAAAUAAGAGGGCAAAAGAUGAAUGAAUGAGCAAAAAUGCAUUAAGUGUUAAAAUGCUGCUGAUUAUUGUGGAAUUGUUACAGAAGGAAAUCCAGUGAGUCAAUUUUUCCAUUGCUAGAGAGCCAUCAAUUGGUUUGCAAAAACUACGAGCUCGAGAAAAGGCUAAAAGUUGAUUUAUAACAGCGGCCUUGAUUCGCCCCUCAUCCAUCCUGCAGGUUAAAAAAAAAUAGUUCAUACAUACACAAUCGCAUUCCAAUCCACCACCAUGCCACAUCAGUACGGAAUUCCGGGGUACGGCCAGACACCGCCGAGUCCUCCCACGCACCAUGGAGGUGCGCUCAUUCCACGACUCGGUGGCGGAGCUGUGAUACCGGUUUCGGCCAACACUGGAAGCGCUGGAAGUAUGGGACCAUCCGGGAAUCCGCUCUUCCGGGGUCCCAUCGAGGAGCGGCGCUUGACGCGGGAAGCGAUGGAGAAGUACUUGCGGGAUCGCAACAACAUGGUCAUUGUGAUAUUGCAUGCAAAGGUUGCACAGAAGUCCUACGGCAAUGAAAAAAGGUUCUUCUGUCCGCCACCCUGCAUAUAUCUGUUCGGCGAAGGGUGGCGGUUACGCAAAGAGCAGAUGCUGCGCCGCGGCGAAAGCGAGCAAUCCACCCAACUAUGUGCCUUCAUAGGUAUCGGCAGUUCCGACCAGGACAUGCAGCCGCUCGAUUUGAACAACUCGAAACAGUACUGUGCCGCCAAAACGUUAUUCAUUUCCGAUUCGGACAAACGAAAACAUUUUAUGCUCUCGGUGAAAAUGUUCUACGGCAGUGGACACGAUAUCGGUGUGUUUCAGUCCAAGCGGAUCAAAGUGAUAUCGAAACCGUCGAAGAAGAAACAAUCGCUCAAAAAUGCCGAUCUGUGUAUAGCAAGUGGUACAAAAGUGGCACUCUUUAAUCGGUUACGGUCUCAAACGGUCUCGACUAGGUACUUGCACGUGGAGGAUGGUCACUUUCACGCGAGUUCGACACAGUGGGGUGCGUUCACGAUACAUCUGCUCGAUGAUAAUGAGAGCGAGUCAGAGGAAUUUCAGGUCCGUGACGGGUAUGUGCACUAUGGCGCGACAGUAAAACUAGUCUGCUCCGUGACAGGUAUGGCCCUGCCACGGUUAGUGAUCCGAAAGGUGGACAAACAAAUGGCGCUGCUUGAGGCAGACGAUCCCGUGUCACAGCUCCACAAAUGUGCAUUCCAUAUGAAAGAUACUGAACGGAUGUACCUGUGUUUGUCGCAGGAAAAAAUCAUCCAGUUCCAGGCGACGCCGUGUCCGAAGGAACCCAACAAGGAGAUGAUAAACGACGGAGCCUGUUGGACAAUCAUCUCCACCGAUAAGGCUGAGUACCAGUUCUACGAGGGGAUGGGACCGGUGCGGACACCGGUUACCCCAGUGCCAAUAGUUAAUUCGCUACACCUGAACGGCGGUGCCGAUGUGGCGAUGCUUGAGAUUACGGGUGACAAUUUCACACCUUCGCUACAGGCGUGGUUCGGCGACGUAGAGGCGGAAACCAUGUACCGAUGCGCGGAAUCGUUGCUCUGUGUGGUGCCGGACAUCUCGCAGUUUAGAGGAGAGUGGUCAUGGGUCCGUCAGCCCACGCAAGUGCCUAUAUCGCUGGUACGAAACGACGGCAUAAUCUACGCUACGGGACUGACCUUCACGUACACGCCGGAACCGGGCCCACGGCAACCUUGCUCUGGAGCGGAAGACGUACUGCGACGGAACAACAGUGCGACCAACAGCACGAACAACAAUAGCACCAGUGCGAACAAUGUGAAUGCGGCGGGUGCCGGAUCCGGUUCCGCUGGUUCCCUGCCGCCGAUCUCGGAUGUGGCCUGGAGCACACACGGUGGUGGUAUUUCGUAAAACAAUCCAUAGCUAUCUUUCCGAUGUCCAGGAAACAGGAGAGGGUAACAAACACUAUUUAUUGUUUUAUACUUUUAAUCUAGAUCCGAUUCGGGUGUGCGAACUACCUAUCUUUAUAUAUAUUUGCUAAUUUAUAUACAGUAUUUUUACGAACACACGCGAACAUACCGUAUGCAUAAUGCAAACAGUGAGUAAUCUCAAUUUUUUAUUCCUAAAGAACUACAAAAGUUGUGAAUGCAAGAAAGAAUGUAUAGGCCAAUGAACAAAUUUCUAUAUAUUUAGAGUGCGUGUCAGAAGAAUGGAACACUUUCAAUGUAUAUUUUUCGUAAGAAAUUUUCUCACAGAAAUUGUGAGAGAAAAAAAUGUAGACUUUAAUUUCCUGCUCUAUUUUUAAAGGAAAGUCGUAUUUUGACAGAUUUUUUGUAUGAAGAUUAAUAUUUUUAAGACGAGAGAUUACGUGAUUGAUCACACAGACAGACAUUGAAAACAAGUGAUAUAUGCAGGUUUUAAAGAAUAAAAAGAAAAAAAGGUAUUUAAAAUUAAAUAUCGUCGGAAACAAAGUGACUAUAUUUUUUUUCGAAAAGGAAUAAUCUGACAACGAACUUUUUUUUCUAUAAAGCUAGCGUAUCUAUAUUAAGAAAAGACACACUUUUACCGUUCAGAUAAUCGUUCUUUUCUAGAUAAAAGACAACCAACUGAAAAGUCUAAGCAUUUUAAACUGGGAAUAAAAUUGCCAAAGAAGUAGAGACAACAA